CCGAGUCCGACUAUCACACUCAAUCAGAACCACACUUUCGCCACCGCACCACGACGUCCACCACCGUCCUCCACACCACCACCAAGAUGAUGGGCCUAUUGAGCUCAGCGGGCACGAACGUGCUGAACAGGGUCAAAGGGCCACGAGCAUCCACAGACGGAUCGGGGGCGUCGUCGACCUCAGCAUCUCCACGAUCCGGCUCCUUCUCCAACGGAUACGGCGGACCAGGCGACGACAAGGCACCCAGCGACACCGAACCCGACGAUACCUCUAUCUUGGACGAGAAUGAAGGAUCCAUUAUCACUUCACUCAUCUCCCAACUGAGAGUGGGCAUGGACCUAUCUCGCGUAACGUUCCCCACCUUCGUUCUCGAACCCCGUAGCAUGUUGGAGAGGAUAACCGACUUUAUGUCUCACCCUGACCUCAUUUUCGGCGCCGAAGCAGAAGAGGACCCAGAAGAACGAUUUAUUCGCGUUUUGCAGUAUUAUCUCGCUGGCUGGCAUAUCAAGCCAAAGGGCGUGAAGAAACCAUACAAUCCAGUAUUGGGCGAGUUCUUCCGUUGUCGGUAUGACUAUCCAGAUGGGACGCAUGGGUUCUAUAUUGCCGAACAGGUCUCUCAUCAUCCACCAAUAUCCGCGUUCUUCUACGUCUCGCCCGCUAACCACGUCAAGAUCAUCGGUGAACUGCGACCCAAGUCCAAGUUUUUGGGCAACAGCGUGUCGACGACGAUGGAGGGGGAGAAUAGGAUUACGUUGUUGGGUAAGCCUGAUGACGGAGAGUACGUGAUAACGAUGCCGAAUAUGUAUGCGAGGGGUAUUCUGUUUGGGAAGAUGGUCCUCGAGUUGGGCGAUACGUGUAUAGCGAAGAAUGAGAAGCAUAAUUUGUUUUGCGAUUUGGAGUUCAAGACCAAGGGUUUCUUCUCUGGGACGUACAACGCCAUUGCGGGUAAAGUGCGCAAGGGCAUGACGGAGAUUGGUGAGAUUGGGGGAAGGUGGAGUCAUGUUAUGGAUUUCAGGGAUGCAAAGACGGGCAAAAGGCGCAUCUUGUUCGACGCUGUCAAAGAUGGCCAAAACAUCUGCCCCAAAUGGGUCCCACCCGAAUCUGAGCAAGCACCCAACGAGAGUAGACGGUUAUGGUCUGAUUUGACGCAGGCGAUUAUCGCGAAGGAUAUGGAGCGUGCGACAGAUGCGAAGAGCUUUGUCGAGACUGCGCAGAGAGAGGAUCGGAGGAUACGAGAGGAGAGGGGUGAAGAGCAUAUUCCCAAGUACUUUGAGCUGCGGGAUGGGCGGUGGGUGCCCAAGUUUGUGCUGCCGAAAGACUCGGUGGAAGCUACCAAGGCUGUUGAGCAAUGGAUUUUCCCCGAGUUCCCUACGCCAACUGACCCACCUGCGGGACUUGAUGUCAAAGCCGAAGCCACCACUGCGACUACGACUGCGCCUGUUUCGACCGAGGUUACUUCCUCGACGGAUUCGACGUCUACGGCUCCUCCGCCCGUGUCAUUAUCGACAUGAGCUUCAGCUCAUGACUCUCUGAUUCUCAUCAGUCCCAACGCACAGGGCAAGGCCCGGGGGAAGUGGAGGAUCGUUUCAAGUGUUCUAGCUUUUUUUGCACGUUGUCUUCGCGCCUUUGUCGGGGUUUUCUUAUACUGAAUCGUACUUAGCAUUGUAGGUUAUUUUGAUCAUAUUACAUC